UUGUACAUGGCUGCCAACAUGGGUAUUAGAAAUUGGAAUAAAAAAUUUGACAAUGUUGGUCGUAUUAAAAUAAACAUAAAUUUGGUAUGAGAGGGUAUAUCCUAAGUCCUGUCUUGAAGUUGCUUACAUAGUUAUAUGGUGUAUCCUAAGUCCUGUCUUCCAAAUACAUGAGAUGUCUAUAGUGGUAUGAGAGGGGGCAGGAGGUGUGCGCAAUAGUCUCUGCAGGGUGAGUGAAGGGGUUUGUCAAUCUGUGCUUGGUGAAGGUAGUGGGUCUUGUAGGUCAUUUGAUGGUAUAGAGUGGCAGUGGUUAAACUUGGCGUCCCGUGGCCUAAAUGUGGUGGCUGUGCUCUGUGGAGUAUUGUAGGGGAUGUGAGAGGAUGUUGAUGUAAUCAGGUGGCUUUGGCGAUGAGUUGGAUGGUGCUGGAGGGUGUCAAGGUUGCUAGUGGUUUGUUGUCAGUAUUGAUAACUUAGCUUUGGAGGCAAUUUAUGCUUUUAUAAUUUAUAUAUCCUAAAAGCUAGUCAACUAUUCAAACUUAGGUCCUAGUUUUUGUGUUUUUUCUUUUUCCAAAUGAUUAAACUUGCCAAAAAAUAAUCUUAGUUGUAAUUGAUGGAAUUUGGAUUGGUUGAAAUCCCUUUUAUUGGUUUGUGUAAGCAUAAUGUUUCCACCUAGUUGCCCUUCUAUAACUCAAAGGGUUGUGCAUAAAAAGUUGUGAGGUACAACUGUUUGAUAUAAUUCUUAGUACAUGUAGAGCAUAAUUACCAUUGUCAAUUAUUAACAACAAAUGAACUUUAGCUGUGUAGUGAUUUAAAACUAUUCUGCUCCAUAUCAUAUCAUCACCUCAUUUAUCCAUUUUCUUAUAAUCUCCAUAAUAUAAACCUUCCCGUGAAUGUUUGUUUUAAAGUCCAUGAAGUAGGUUUUUGGGCAUGAAUCAGGUAUUCAGGUUUAGGGGUUUAUCAUUCAUUGGAGGAUUUUCUUCAUAAACCCCACUCGGGUGGCCUUCGCCGAUGACAUUUGGAGAACAAAAUACAGAGAAAGAAGCUCACUAUAUACUUAGUUAUGCAUUUGAUCAGGGAAUCAACAUCUUGGAUACUGCAGAAGCUUAUCCGAUCCCAAUGAAGAAGGAAACACAAGGUAGAACUGAUCUUUAUAUUGGUAGCUGGUUGAAGUCUCAGCCUCGUAAUAAGGUUAUUAUAGCAACAAAAGUAUGUGGUUAUUCAGAGCGUGUCAGUUAUAUCCGUGACAAUGCAGAGGUAUUGCGUGUUGAUGCUGCUAAUAUAAAAGAAAGUGUGGAGAAAAGCCUUAAGAGGCUCAACACUGACUAUAUUGAUUUAUUACAAAUUCAUUGGCCAGAUCGCUAUGUUGCAUUGUUUGGUGAUUUUUAUUAUGAUUACAACAAAUGGAGGGAAGGUGUGCCAUUUGAGGAGCAACUUAAGGCCUUGCAAGAAGUUAUUGAUGAAGGAAAGGUGAGAUACAUUGGAAUCUCGAAUGAAACUUGUUAUGGUGUUAUGGAGUUUGUCCGUGCAGAAAAAGUUGGAGGACUUCCAAAGAUCGUUAGCAUUCAAAACUGCUACAAUCUACUCACUCGAUGUCGGUUUGAAGCUGACCUUGUUGAAGUUUGUCAUCCAAACAAUUAUAACAUUGGUCUACUUGCCUACUCUCCUUUGGCUGGUGGAAAUCUCACUGGAAAAUAUUUGGAUCCUGAUUGUGUUGCUGCUAAGAAAGGAAGGCUGAAUCUUUUCCCUGGUUAUAUGGAACGAUAUAUUAACCCCUAUGCAAAGGUGGUAACUGCCAAGUAUGUUGAGCUGGCCAAAAAACAUGGUCUGUCUCCUGUGCAGCUAGCUCUUGGCUUUGUCAGAGAUCAUCCAUUAGUGACAAGUUCGAUCAUUGGUGCAACUUCGGUUGAUCAGCUUAGAGAAGACAUUGAUGCCUUUCUGACAGUUGAGCGGCCAUUGCCUUGGGAAGUAAUGCAGGAUAUAGAAUACAUUUUCAAGAGAAAUAAGGACCCUAUUGACUGAUGAACAUUUUCACCUGGGGUACGGCGCUGCCCAUUAUAGAGGGUGGGGGAACCUCAUAAGCCUGGUUAAUAUCGAACCCACAACUUUGGUGUGGUGUCGUGGCGAUUUGUCUUCUUCCUCACCCGAGUCCCAUUGAUUGUGCAUUUUUACGUUCAAUUGUAACAUAUUCCAUUCUCAAAAGUAUUGGAGAAUUAAAUAAUCCAAAUUUUGUUGUGCAUUCUUUUUGACAGGCAUUCUUCCUCCAUUUUUUAAUAAGUAUUUUUUAAUUAAUAAAUAUCAUCUUAAAAGGUCAUUUAUAGCUUCAUUUUUAGUCAUUCUUUUUUCAUGAUAGACUUUACAUUUUUUUUUUUUUUUUUGGCAAAUUUUUUUGUAUUCUCAUUUGACGAUUAAAAAAUACAAUUACUUCGUAUAAAUGCCUGAAAGCACAUAAGAAAAACACCCAAAUAAAUAUUGAUGAAGGAAAAAAAAAAAAAAAAUUUCAUUUUAAGAAAAGAUUUGUUGAGGUUGUGUGGAAGUAAAAAAACAUAGCCAUGCAAGUGCGCCAAAAUCGCCGAAGCUACAAAAAUGGGUUCUAAAUUCAUGUCUUACACACAAUUUCUCACUCUUCUUUCUCUAAUUAAUUCAUUUUCUCCUCUUCAAAUUAAAAUAAAAUUACUUCCACCAUGAAAUUUUCUCUAACCCAGAUUUUAAAAUAAAUUUAUCAUUAAUAGUCCAUAGAAUUAUUGAAAUUUGACCAAUUUAAUCUAGCAAUAUUAAUUUGCAAUUUAUUGAAUUUAUUCUAUAAAUUGAUAAUAAUUUUAAUGAGAGGCGGAAAAAAAGAAAGAAAAUAACAUCUAUGAAGAUAAAGAGGGAGAAGGAGCAGAUGCAGUUAGAGAAGCAAAAGCAGGGUUGCUGUGUUUCCAAAAAUUAUUUCAGAUGGAAUGGCAGAUCUUGUUAAUUAUGGCCAUUCUGACCGUGAUAUUGACCAAGUAAUACUCUUUUCUUUUUCCAUUG